CACAGGCACAUUAUCAAGAAAUGGGAAGCGCCGCCGCCGCCGCCGCCACCGCACCUACGCUGCUACAACCACCACCAUGUGGAAGUGGUGGGGCAAAGGCGGAAGCUUUGACGUACAUAGACAUCAACCAGCUUUCCCAAUCGGAAUUGCGAGCCCUCUCUUUGUGCUCCGAAUCUGCAUUCGACCUUCACAACACCGACGACCUUGUGACCCCCGACAUCGAUCGCUCCCUAUUUAAUGAGUCUGCUGGGAGUCGACGCCAGGCUUAUUCCGGCGUCCGCCACCCCCACCACCGCUCUCACUCCCGCCUUCCGGGCCUACAUCCUGCCCUUAAAACCCACCACCAUUCCCACCCCUCCGAUGAUCCUGUUAAUCACUCGAUUAUCCACUUCCUUAAACACUUCCUCAAUGGCAACCACGAUCCUCCCCCACCUCCUCCUCCUCCACCUUUGCCGCCUCAGGCCGAUUUGUUGCCAGUUCCUGUUAAUGGCCCAGGGUUAGGGUUAUUAAGACUUCAAGAAAAAAUAAAACAUAAGCUGCAUGGAGGAGAAAACAAGCGGAAAAAAUUGCGAAGAAACAGGAAUUCAAAUAAAAAGAGGCUCUUGGAAAAUAGUGUUGGAAUGGAAUUACAGAAGGUAAAUGUGAAGGGUGAGGUGGUUAAUCUCGAGAAAUUGGAGAAGAAUGGAGACGAAUUAUUUAGCGAAGCGUUGAAGACGAGGACGAUGGGGUUGGACACUGAGGAGGGUGUUCUAGGGUUUUUGUCGAGCUUGGAAGGACAGUGGUGUAGCAGGAGGAAAAAGAGGAAAUAUGUGGAUGCAGGUGCGUUUGGUGAUGCACUGCCUAUCGGCUGGAAGCUUUUGCUUGGCCUUAGAAGGCGGGAUUUUCGCGUCUCUGUUUAUUGCCGGAGAUGCAUAAGCCCUACGGGACAACAAUUUAUAUCAUGCAAAGAGGCUUCUUCCUUUUUGCGUUCCUAUUUUGAGGGUAAUGAUGCAGACCAACCAAGGGAUCAGAAGACUUGCAGCAUUCAGCAGGCAUAUGGUGUGGCUACUGAGGUUAAUCCACAUCCUACUGACAAGACUGAUGGUGUAAAGCAUGACAUGCUGGCGCUUUCAACAUUGGUGAGUUCAACUCCAUCUGAUGCUCAUGAGAAUGAUGGUUGCUUGGUGGGAAUAGAUAAUCUUCCGGAAGUUCGUGUUCAGGACAUUUUUGAAUGUGUCAAAUGCAACCUGACUUUUGGUGAGAAGAAAGUGUUCUUGGAGCAUCUAUUCUCAUUCCACAAUAAGACUACCAAAAGGUACAGAUUUGGGACCCCAGUUGGUGAGGGUGUGAUAAUUAGAGAUGGAAAAUAUGAGUGCCAAUUCUGUCACAAGGUUUUUGACGAAAGGCGAAGUUAUAAUGGUCAUGUAGGCGUACAUGUGAGGAACUCCAGUAAAGGUUCCGAUGAACUGGUUACUCCUGUCACUGUCCAGGGGAACUCUCAAUCUCCAGUACAGGAGGCUUUGCCCACGAGGACAUCGAAAAUGGAUGCUUUAAUAGAAAUUGCUAAAAAUUCUAUUUUUGAAAAUUCAAAGGCUGAAACAAGUGAACAAGCCACAGGAGAUCAAAAUCCCAGUGUGAUGAACUUAGAAGAAGCUCAGGCUCCAAGCUCUGACUUUGAAAUGAAUUUGGGAUCUGAUCCUAUUGAAAUUCAGACAAAAGAUUUCGAGCCUGACAAAGCUCCUAGUGAAGGAUUGGAUACACAUGAUGGCCAAUCCAAGAUGGAGGAUGGGAACUUAGUGAGGAAUGAUAACAACACACAGAACAUAAAUGUUGCAGUCGGUUCCAAUUACUCAGAUGAUUUUGAGCAUGUUGAGUUGAAUGAAAUUGAAAAUUAUGAAAACAGUGAGUUAGAGACUGGUUUUGAAGACAGAGGUUCAAAGCCGAGCAAAGAUCACAUAGAAGAUACUCCUGGGCUCAUUGACGAAGAAAUUAGUUUUCACAACGUGACUUCUGCUUCUUCAGUUCCCCUUGCUCCAUCAUUUCAGUACUUUCCUCCCUUUGAUUCAAUGUCAUCUAAGGUUGAACAGGGAUUCUCUGUGAUUGAUCCGAAGCUUGAGAAUGUUACAGGUUUUGAGGAGCUGAGAUUUGAUGAUAUAGAACCUUUCAGAUAUGGUUUUGUGAAUGGACAAGAAUCACUGUCUUUGCCAGGGGGUUCAAUAGAUUUGAGAAACAAUGCUGGGAUAGAAGACGGGUUUAAUUCCUCUAUUAGAUUUGGUUCGGAGGAAGUUACAUUGAGUACAACAGACAUAAAUCAGCUGACAACUGUGUGUGUAUGGUGCAGAACAGAGUUCAAACUCGAUGGUGUUGAAUCAGAAUCUCCAUCAGAUUCGAUUGGCUAUAUGUGUCCAACAUGCAAGGAUAAUAUCUCUGGGCAUUUGAAUGGCAGUCUGUCCAUGGAUCCUGGUGGUUUCUGAUUGUUGCAAUAUUUUGUGUUGCUCGAGGAUUAAUACUCUCAUAUGCAGCAACAUGGUGAUGAUUCCUGGUGGCAGACAAUUCCAGCUAAUGUGGAGUAAUGCAGUUUUUUCUCGUGGAGGCAAUGGUCCUUUCUUUUAAGUAUGCAUUGUACAUGCAGUUUAACUAGUCGUGGAGAUAAGCCCAGUGUUCUUAGUAGUUUGCUUGCUAUAUAUUUCUUCACAGCACUUUCUUGUAUUUAAUCCUUUCUUCUAAUGACCUGGUUCUAAAGAAAAAAGUCGAUUUGCCUGUGUUCGAUGUAACUAGUAUUGUGUAUUUGUUCAUCUAUGGACCUUUUCUUUUUCUUUA